CACUGGACCCAUGCAGGCCAAAAAGCGCUACCUCUUACUGGCGGCCGGCGCCUGUGUGCUCCUGCUCGGCUACCUGGCUGGAAGGCAUCUUGGGGGUCAGCCGCCCGCGGCUAGGGCGCAGAGCCGGCGAGGGGCGGCCGAGCCCGGCUCGCUGGCUCUGGCGUUGGCGGCCGACCCGCUGCAGAGCUUCUGGGUGGGCGGCGAGCAAGAGCAGGAGGACGAGGAGUUCGCACAGCGAGGAUCACCCCAGCGCAAGAGGGAGAUCCACAGCAGUGUGUACAAGGGCAAAAAGUGCCGCAUGCUCUCCUGCUUCGACUUCUCCCUAUGCCACAGGAACGGCUUCAAGGUCUACAUCUACCCGCAGCAGAAGGGGGAGAAGAUGUCCGAGAGUUACCAGAACAUCCUGGCUGCCAUCGAGAGCUCUAAGUUUUACACUUCGGACCCGAGACAAGCGUGCCUAUUCGUUCUAAGUUUGGACACUCUAGACCGGGAUCAGCUUUCGCCUCAGUAUGUUCACAACCUGAAGAGCAAAGUUCAGAGUCUACACUUGUGGAACAAUGGCAGGAACCAUUUGAUUUUUAAUCUUUAUUCCGGGACCUGGCCCGAUUACAACGAGGACUUGGGGUUUGAUAUCGGCCAGGCGAUGUUAGCCAAAGCCAGCAUCAGCACAGAGAAUUUUAGGAGCAAUUUUGACGUUUCUAUCCCGCUCUUUUCGAAAGAUCACCCAAGGACGGGGGGAGAAAAGAGUUAUAUGUUUUUCAGGAACAUCCCUCCCUUGACAAAAUACUUACUGGUGUUUAAAGGGAAAAGGUAUUUGACUGGAAUUGGGUCUGAUACCAGGAAUGCCCUGUAUCAUGUCCACAAUGCAGAAGACAUUGUCCUCUUAACUACCUGUAAACAUGGAAAAGACUGGCAAAAACAUAAGGACAUCCGCUGUGACAAGGACAACGAUGAGUAUGAAAGGUAUGAUUAUCGUGAGAUAUUGCACAAUUCCACCUUCUGUUUGGUUCCAAGAGGUCGUAGACUGGGAUCUUUCCGAUUCCUGGAGGCUUUGCAGGCUGCAUGUAUUCCAGUUAUGUUAAGUAAUGGCUGGGAAUUGCCAUUUUCAGAAGUCAUCGACUGGAACCAAGCUAUUGUCAUUGGAGAUGAGAGGUUGCUACUGCAGAUACCAUCAACUGUAAGGUCUAUUAAUCAGAACAAAAUCUUAGCACUUAGGCAGCAGACACAGUUCUUAUGGGACGCUUAUUUUUCUUCAGUUGAGAGGAUAGUAUUGACUACGUUAGAAAUAAUUCAAGACAGAAUUUUUAACCAUAUGUCUCGCAAUGGCUUAAUUUGGAAUAAACCUCCAGGAGGAUUAUUCAGUCAGCCACAGUAUUCAACCUAUCUAGGAGAUUUUCCUUUUUAUUAUUCUUAUCUAGGUAUAAUGACUUCAACAAAUUUUACUGCCAUUAUCCAUGCAGUGACUCCGCUGGUUUCGCAGUCACAGCCAAUAUUAAAGCUCCUGCUGGCAGUAACUAAGAGUCAAUAUUGUGCCCAGGUUAUUGUUUUAUGGGACUGUGACAAACCCCUACCAGCCAAGCACCGUUGGCCUUCAACUACAGUACCUGUACUGGUAAUCGAAGGAGAAAAUAAAGUUAUGAGCAGCCGUUUUCUUCCAUAUGAUGCUAUCCAUACACAUGCCGUUCUUAGCCUCGAUGAGGAUACUGUUCUUUCUACUACAGAGGUAGAUUUUGCCUUCACUGUGUGGCAGAGUUUCCCUGAGAGAAUUGUGGGAUACCCAGCUCGCAGCCAUUUCUGGGACAGCACAAAAGAAAGAUGGGGUUACACAUCUAAAUGGACAAAUGAUUACUCUAUGGUCUUAACAGGAGCUGCAUUCUACCACAGAUACUAUCAUUAUCUGUACACUCAUUACUUGCCUGCCAGUUUAAAGAACAUGGUGGACCAACUGGCCAACUGUGAAGACAUUCUGAUGAACUUCUUGGUGUCAGCAGUUACCAAGCUGCCUCCUAUUAAAGUAACCCAGAAAAAGCAGUACAAAGAGACGAUGAUGCAGCAGUCAUCCAGAGCUUCCAGAUGGGCUGAUCCAGACCACUUUGCUCAACGACAAACGUGCAUGAAUACUUUUGCAAGUUGGUUCGGAUUCAUGCCUUUGAUCCACUCCCAGAUGAGGCUAGAUCCAGUUCUCUUCAAAGAUCAGGUGUCCAUAUUGAGAAAGAAGUAUCGGGACAUUGAGCGACUCUAAGAAGCACAAAGCCGUUGAUUGUUGGACUGUGUUGUGAAUAAAGCCAUCUUCAGCUCAACAGGUAGCAAUCUGCACAAGGUAACUCUUGGCUGUUAGCCUUCGAUGUACCCGACGUAUUCUUCAGGCUCGCAAACAGCUGGAAUCGGCUUAUUGACUAUGAUCAGUGUGACAGUUAGAAUUUAACCUUGUGUUUAUCACUUUAUCAAUCUGAGAGACUGGAUCGAUAUCCUGUCACAAGGAAUAUCAAAAGAACCAUGAACUUCGAAUGAAGAUUGAUUACUCAUUAGCACUGUGAAGAACAAAGUGAAACACUAUUCAAUUGUUCAGAAUAGAGUGUCUUAAAUUUUGGCCUGGACACAACUGAAGGCCGACUAAAUACCACUUAAGCCAAGUAUGUAUUAGGAAAAGUGAACAGUGUUUGGAAUGGCUGGCCAUCAGGCUUGUAUAGGAAUUGGCAUCAGGGCAUUCAUGACAAAAGAGCAUGUAAUUCAGUUUCACCAAUAAUAACUGCCAUGUUAACUAUUAGCAUGCAAAAGAAUUUAUUUCAAAAUAAAAAAUAUGCAUAAUACACUGUCCACUACAGGAUAACCGUUACUGUGUAGGAGGGAGCAGCGUCCUCAGCAGUUCAGGGUGGUCUGCCACACAAAAUACAGAUUGCUGAUUGCCUGCAUGUUAACAUGCCUUACAGGUGACCUGCUGUAUGGCUUUUACAAGGUCAGUGGGCUGACCUAUGGAAUUAAAACAUUGGCUUUGCGUGUUUUAAAGCGAUUGGCACGUAUGGUGCUCAGACAAGGGGUAACCCCUUGUUUCUAUAUAAAGUUCUAUUUUUUAAAAUGGCAAGGCUAUGUUAGCCUUUGCUCACAGGUACUUGAAUGUCUGAAGACUUGAAGGAGUGUUGAGCGUGUGGCCUUUUAAUCACUUUAUUUUGGUUAAUAAUGGUUCAACCUAGUUUUUUAUAUGUAAUUCACUUAUUUUCAAUAGAAACCCCAGUUCAUCUUGUGUGCUGAAUCUCCAAUCAACAUUGUCACUUCAUAAUUAAGGGUGUGAAAAUGGGCCUUGUUAUAAUGUACGUAAUCUUGUAUAUUUAUUUUGACAAUUGUGUAUAGUGUAUGGUUCCAAACUGACAAAGCAAUGUGGGAAUAAGUAGAUGGAUAACUGUAAAGCAAAACAAAUUAUUUUGUAUAAGAUGUACAUUUCUGAGGUUUUCUAACAUAUUUCCAAUGUUUUUCGUAGUGUAUCAUUGCUUUAUAUAUUAAAAAGAAUUCCCAACUGGUUGGAAUGACAUGAUUACACACAAUUAAUGGGAUUAAACCUACAAGUGAGUGGAAAGAAUACAAAGCCAUAUAUUUUGAUUAGCUUGCAUAACACUGUAGCUCCAUCAAAGAUAGCCUUUGUAUAGAUAGUAUCACCAAAGACUUGUCCAUUUGAUGUGCAGAUGCUUUUGUUAAUUUAAUUGUACCUUUUAGAGCAAUUUGCAAAAUGUGUUUGUACCAUUGAACAUAUCGUAGAAUGGAUCACUACAUUUCUGCUGCUUCUGUUAGUGUUUUGUUUUUGUACCUUGAGCAUUUGCACACUUACUGCCAUUUCUUUCAUCUAAAUGUACCAGUGUACUCUGCUGUAAUGUCACAGUGGUUCUAGUGAAACAAGUUCACCGGCUGAACUGCUGCCACUCUAGAGCCUCUGCAGCCUGCAGUCUUCUCUUCACAAUCCAUGUUAUAGGUUUCGAAUUAACCAUGUUAUUUUUGUUACAUGUUUGGGACUGAUAUAGAAGCGAGGUGCUAGCUAAAGGGGUUACUGCAAUAAUAAAAUUUGUAAACAGCAGAGGGUAAAGUUGCUUGAUCCGUUAAAUUGGAUUAUUAAAGUAUAAAGAAAGCAGCUUUAGAUGUUGAGCCCCAGGAUCGAUGUACUUGUUACCUUUUUGAUGAUCAAACUUUUAAAUUUAAACAUUCUGUUCAAUUGCAUGAGUGAUGGUAUAAAAUAAUAUACCAUUCAAGAAAUUCCAGAAAAUAAAUAAUUUUGUUUUAAAAAUAGUGCUGAAACCUAAUUUUUAUUUAAAAGCUGUAGUCUAAAUUACUCAAAACUUAACUUUAAAUAUCUUAGUUACACUACUGGUUUCAAGAAGUGAAUAUUGAUCAGAAUACCUGUUGUUCAGCUUGGAAUAAAUAGUUCCUCAAAAAUAUUCAAUUACAGCAAAAUACUUGUUUAUAUAGGGGUUUUUUUUCAUCACUUUAAGGAUGUCCUACAGUGCUUUUGAAGUACUUUUAAAAUGUAAUCCAUUUGCACACUGCUGGCUUUCAAAUACAGCUUUCUGUUAAUGAAAAGAUAAUCUGCUUUAGUAGCUUUUGAGUGAGGGAAAAUGAGUGCCAUGGGAUUUGUUUUUAUAUGCACCCCACCUUUAAAGUACUAUUUAAAAUCUGAACGGAUACAUGGCUUCCCCACAGUCAUUGGGGAAGAGCUACGUUUUAAGUUCAGAUGGUGGGCCGUGGAUUUUUCUUUUAAAUGAUUGCAUUUAGCUUAGUGAAAUGCAGACUAAGGUUCAGGUUUGAACAUGAAGCAUUAAAGAAUGCGCACAGAAAGCUGAAACUGUACCUCUCUGGAGGCACUCCGGUUAUGUGAAAGAUCUUUGAAAUACAGGCCAGGCAAAAAGCUUUUGUAAACCUUUGGUCCAAUACUGCCAUCUUUUCAAGUCUUACCUGGAGGCAGAAAUGGUUGCAUUAGGGAGAAUCUGAAUGUUGUAUAUUUAAUUCAUCUUCCCUAACAUGCCUUUUUUGCUUUAGGAGCACUGGAAUAAUUAUUAGAUGUUUUACUGACAUUCCUGGGGAGUUUUCUUUACAGUCUCGAGGGUACAGGCUCUAGAGCUGCAUUUUACUUUGUUUUAUUAAUUUUUCCUAUUGAUAAUAAGUUUGCACCACACUUGAAAUAUUCCAUUACCCCUUAAACCCCAUCAUGCCCUAUGUUUCCAGCUCUGUAAUUAGUAUUAUGUUGGUUCAUUUUAUAGACAUAAAUAAUUACAAAACUUAGAAGAUAAAUUGAAAUUUUGUAAGAUUUUUUGUUAAA